CAAGACCCCAGAUCACAAAUAUAUUGCAAAAAUAAAUUUUAUUGUCUUUGGGGAAGGUGGUUAAAUUGGAAACACACACAAUGGGUUUGGGAUCAUGCAUGAUCACAUUCUUUGGAGCUUUUCUUUCUGGGUUUCUCUUCUUUCUUCCCAUUUCUUAUUCAGAUAAAGCUCCAGACUACACAUUUGUCAAAGAAGCAACAUCAGCUCCGGCAGUGGUUUACUAUGACUACAUAAUCAUUGGUGGUGGCACCGCCGGUUGUCCAUUGGCCGCAACUCUGUCUCAUGGUGCAACCAUUUUAGUCCUUGAACGAGGCGGCUCGCCUUAUGGCAAUCCAAACAUAACCAACAUUGCCAACUUCGGCCCCACUCUUUUGGACACCUCUCCCACGUCCCCAGCCCAGCAGUUCACCUCCGAGGACGGAGUUUACAACAUCAGGGCACGCGUGCUAGGCGGUGGCUCAGCAGUGAACGCCGGGUUCUACACCCGUGCCAGCACACGUUACGUCAAGGAGGUGGGUUGGAACCAUAAUUUGGUCAACCAGUCUUAUGAAUGGGUUGAGAAAGUGGUGGCCUUCAAACCAGAGAUUCUGCAGUGGGAGAAUGCCUUGAGAGAUGGUUUGCUUGAAGUGGGAGUGUUGCCCAACAAUGAGUUUACCUACGAUCAUUUGUACGGGACUAAAGUUGGAGGGACUAUUUUUGAUGCAGAGGGUCAUAGACACACUGCUGCAGAUUUGCUUCAGUAUGCAGACCCAAGAAAGAUCACUGUCUAUUUGCAUGCAACUGUGCAGAAAAUCUUGUUUAGAUAUAUUCCUGGAAGAGCAAGUCCGCAAGCUUAUGGUGUGAUAUAUAAAGAUGCAUAUGAGGUAAGGCACCAAGCAUACCUAAAGAGGAACUCCAAUAAGAAUGAGAUAAUCUUAUCAGCUGGUGCUAUUGGGAGCCCACAGCUGUUGAUGCUAAGUGGUGUGGGGCCCGCUUACCAUCUCCGGGCCCACGGUAUCAAGGUGGUGGUGGAUCACCCCAUGGUGGGCCAGGGGAUGGCUGAUAAUCCGAUGAAUGUUCUGCUUAUUCCCUCACCAACCCCAGUUGAGGUCUCCCUGGUUCAAGUUGUGGGCAUCACAAAGUUCAAUAGCUACAUUGAAGGAGCUAGCGGACUGAGCCUUUCUACUUCUUUGGCUCAUAGGCUUUCCAAUAACUUCAAGCGCUUCUUGAGCCAGACUGAGCACCCGCCUUUCAGAGUUUUACCAGAAGCCAUAGCCAGAGCUGCUGAGAUGGUACAUGGAAUUGCGAACAGAACAAUCAGAGCCGGAGUCAUACUUGAAAAAAUCAUGGGUCCACUCUCCACAGGUCAUCUUGCUUUGAGGAACACAAACCCUGAUGACAAUCCCUUUGUCACAUUUAACUACUUCAAAGAACCAGAGGACCUAAGGAAGUGCAUUGAGGGCAUGAGGACCAUUAUAGAUGUUGUGAACUCAAAAGCCUACUCAAAGUUCCGUUAUAAAAACAUGCCAGUGGAAGCUCUCAUUGACCUGAUGUUGACUCUGCCGGUGAACAGGAGGCGAAAGCACGCGAAUGCCACGUUUUCGCUGGAACAAUUUUGCAUAGACACUGUGAUGACCAUAUGGCACUAUCAUGGAGGGUGUCAAGUUGGGAGGGUUGUUGAUAAAGGAUAUAGAGUUCUUGGUAUUGAUUCUCUGAGGGUUAUUGAUGGUUCAACGUUUUAUCACACCCCGGGUGCUAAUCCCCAAGCUACUGUCAUGAUGCUUGGAAGGUACAUGGGGCAAAGGAUUCUGCAUGACAGAAUAGUCCACGGAUCAAAAAAGAAAAAUUGAUCUCGUCACUUAUGUUUCCCAAACAUAAAGUCAAUUAGUGAUUAUUGGAAUAUAUGUCUCUUAGACAUUUGAUUAAUAUUGUAGA